AUGCACUUACAGUGGUCACAGUCCCUUCUUUGGACCGUGGCGGCAGCGCUGCUGCUGGCGCUAUCAUCCUUGGUGUCCCCGGCGCAGUGGUCGCCGCGUUGCGUGCGGCAGCGGCAAGGCGUGCUGGCGCGCGCGCGUGUGCCACAAUAUCAAAUGAGUCACGGCAAGCAAGCAGCCCCACCUAUCGGUAUCAAUGGCAACCUGACCAGCAACUGCCCUGUGUUGCCAGCAGUGCCAGAAGGCUGCUUGGAGCUGCAGCACGUUUGCUUCGACCAGGCCGCCGUCGUACUGCACGGCAAGGAUUUGCAGCCAAGCGAGGCUGGCGCCCCGCGCAGCCGGCUGCCCUCCUGGAUCCCUCAGGUGCACGCCAACUUCCCGUACCCAUCCACCAGCAAUCCAGACUACAUGCAAGUCCCAGACCUCCACCUGCCCCAGCCGCUCCUCUUCCGUCCUGUCAGCCAAUACGAGCCGUCCCAAGAGCUGGCCGACCCUCAGUGGAGCUGUCACGUGCCGAUGCUGCUGCAAACGGUGUGGCCCUUCAACUACGGGCACACUCUGGUCAACACAGCGGGCUGGCUGUACGAACAGCUGGUGGCCACGCAAACAGGGCAACAGCUGGCGGAGCGUGCAGUUGUAGCCAUGCACAUGCCCUGGGGGCUGGCCCUGCCCUCCUGGUCACGCCUGCUGCUGCAGCCCAUGGCUCGGCACCCAAUCACAACACUUGCAGACUUGAGCAGCCGUGAAGGCACGCACAGCCGCUGCUUUGCCAGUGCUCUGCUGUGCGACAUUCCUGACAUAUGGGGCGGGGUACUGUCGGCAUGGCAGGCCGCGCAGCACAGUGUGGAUCACUAUCGUCCUCAAUGGCAACAGGCCCAGCUCAGCCUCUCAUGGGCACAACCAUCCCCCCACAUUGUCAGCAAUGCCAGCAGCAGCGGCAGUGGAGACAAGGCAAUGCCAAUGGCACCGCCAGCGGCACCGGCGCCGUGCCCUGACAUCUUGCAGGCUGCAGAACCUGUUGGGGUGCCAGCACCACAGCAGCAUGUGGAGCAGCAGCGGCGUGUUUGGCAGGUGCUGUUCCAGACCAGGGGUGCCAAUGCUGGUGUUCGUGAGCUGCUUAAUUUAGAGCAGCUAUUGGACAGCUGCGCCAACUGGAAGUACAGAGAUGAGGCCAGUGGCACCCUGCAUACCGCCAAGUGUGGGCGCUGGGACCUCAUGGGGCUGCCCGACGCCAUGGCAGCUGCGCAGCUGGCUGACGUGAUGGUGGGAGUGCAUGGCUCCAACAUUGCCAACCUCUUUUUCAUGCGGCCCUGUAGUUCAGUCGUAGAAGUGAUGCACCCCGAGUUUCAGGGCAGCAACCUGCACCACGCGUGGCUGCAGUACAGCCAUGCACCGAUAAAUUGGUUCGGGCUGGCCAUCAUUGACAGCCAUCUCACGCAGCCGGGCAUCCACGAGCAGCGCCAGCGCGCAGCAGGCCAGGAGCCAUACCAUGGCUCGGUGCCCGCCAUGAUGAGGGACCGCAAUGUUGAGCUGCCAUGGGGCGUACUGCGGGGCGUGUUGGAGCAGAUUGCACGUGUGAAUGGCAGCAGUCAGGAGUACCAGGAGCUGGCUGCAAGAGGCGCCAACUUGGUGAACGUCAGCUCCCUGGAGCAAGGUAGCGGCCAUCAGCGCAGCGUACGGAGGCGCAUGCAGAUCAUCUAGAAGCCGUGGGGAUGAGCCCGAGAGCAACGCAGACAGGCUUGGAGCAUUCUCUCACACGUUCAUGAUCCUGGUCUUUGUUGAAACGGGACGUGUGCAACGACGUCAGCAGGC